AUGGCAAACAGCACCGAAGAUCGCAGCAAACAUGAGAUUCGAGAAGCACUGAAGAAAGUGGGAUUGAAGAAGGUGGAUAACAAAGCUCUCAUCCAAUGUGUCGCCUUGGCUUCGACGUUGAAUGUUCAGCCGGAGCAAAUGGCUGAGUGCUGGGAGGCAUUCAGCCUGAACAAGGGUGUUUCUGAACUGACUGAUCAUACGCUUCAAGCAUAUCGGCUACAACUGAUUAAAGUCUCUGAAGCAUCCAUUAACCCCACCAUCAUUCCCGGUGCAGUUCAAUCAAGAAGCACGAAGCGCCAAGCGUCGAAUAUGGUCACCCCGCCAAAUACCAAGCGUCCAAACCAUCGUCAGACAGCUGCGUCCACUAAUAACCCAGCCGCAAAGAGCGCUUCAACAAGUAACAAGUUGCCAAAGUAUGAAUCGAGAACUCGGGUCGGUGAGGUCGUCGCGUCAUUCAAUCUUUCUCACUUCGACCCCAUUGCACCUGGGAACAAACAUGCAUCAUGUACGAUUACACCAAGCAGUGACAAUAUUCUUGUGCCGUAUCGCCACAUGUUUACAACAUUGGAAGAUCGAGCAUCAGCUCUUGAAGCAAAACUCAACGAGCUUGGAGAACAAAUCAUCCGACAACAUGGCAUUGGUAGCGGAGACAACGGGAUUGCCCCACUUGUUGAAAUUAAUGUUCCCGGACACGAUAAGGGCUGCUACAUUGGGAGAAUCUGCAACGAGGCUCAUCAAGGGAAAAUGAAUCAAACAUCGGUUGUGAUUGAAGGAUCAAGCUUGUCUUGCGGUGGAGCCAGGAUUAACGUCGAUUUAAGCACCCUCAAGUCCGAAAAGAUUCCAUACUCUCUUUUUUCAGGUCAGAUUGUUGCGAUUGAAGGGAUGAAUCCAACCGGACGAAGUGUUGUGGCUCAUAGAAUUUGUGAGGGAGCUGCCCAUGGAUGUAACAAAAGUACAAUCAAGGACCUUCGACAUCACCAUUACGAAAAGCAAGAUGGAUCCGCAGCAAAGGUCGUGACCGCAUGUGGGCCAUUUUCAACCAGUGAUAACUUGGAUUAUCAGCCAUUUGUUGAUUUGAUUCACGUCAUAAUGGAACAGUCGCCAGAUGUCGUUAUUCUCACAGGCCCGUUUGUAGAUAUGAGACACGAGGCAAUAAAAGCUGGUAACGUUCAGCUCGAAGUUGACGACAACGUUCAUCAAGUAGUACCCCAUGAGGCGCUCUUUGCAAACAAAAUUUCUGGGUUGAUAGAGGAAAUGUACACUACGGAAACAGAAAUUUCGACUCAGUUUGUUCUUGUUCCCUCGCUCGAGGAUGCGACUGCAAGAAUGGUAUAUCCUCAAGUUCCGAUACAGGAUCACAGUGGGCGACCUGAGGUUUUGAAGCUUCAAGGUGGAAAUAUGGUUGAAGUAGGCACACUUGGGUUGGAGAGACUCAAUGCCGGAGGGCUCAAACGUAUCCACUGCUUUUCAAAUCCGUGUACAUUUCGCAUUAACGAAACUGUGUUUGGGGUCUCCUCUACUGAUACCUUGUUUCACAUCUCUGCAGAAGAAGUGAAUUCCAAUCUAGAGCCUGGGUCCAGGCUUCGGCGGAUUGCUCAACAUAUGCUACAACAAAGGAGCUAUUAUCCCUUGUACCCACCGCCUGCUUCCGUAUCGAUGAAUCUCGAUGUCAAGAAAAUGGAUGGUUUCAAGAUGCCUUGCAGGCCUGAUGUCCUUAUCGUGCCAUCGAGAUUGUCCCCUUUUGUAACAUCGGUUUUGGAGACUUCUGUUGUCCUGAACCCUGGACACUUGACGAAGGGUCGCUCGGGUGGCACAUAUGCAAUCAUGGAUAUUCAUCCGAUCAAGAGGGAAAAGUUAGACGGUGCUGGGGACGAUGUUCAGCUUUUACACAACAUUCCUGAUCGAGUGAAUGUUGCAAUAAAGCGUAUCUAA